AUGGAAGUUAUGGCUCAAUGGGAAUAUCACAAUCCUCCAAAUGAUAUAGAUGCCGAAGAUAUAUUAAAAGUACUAGCUCUGUCUCAAAAACGUAUCGCCACGCUAAAUCUUGGAUAUUCGAAUCUACCGUUGUCAGGUUAUCAGAAGCCGGGUGAGAAAAAUACAAUGUUUGAUCCAAGACUUCCAGCAGCUUUAUACAUAGCCAAAAUGUCUCAGCAUAUAGAAGAACAGCAAUCUGAUUUGCUUGAUGUUGAUUUUAAACUUCAGUUUUCUUGGAAGGACUGGACAGAUUUUGAUAAACGUCUUUUGCCCAGUGAGGAGUACCUUCAAUGGCAUGAAGGUUAUCCGAUUCAGGAUUGUGAACAGUUUGUUUCUGAAACUGGUUUCAGUGUGUCACCAAACUGUGUGGAUUUGUCCCCAUCAGAGAUUAAACAUCUGUUCAACCCAAUGUAUCCGAGAUUCAAAAUGACCAGACCGGCAGAUCCCCGAAUCGCUAGAGACGCAAGAGUCUUAAUUGCCAGUACUUUCCUUUAUCACUCGUUCGAUGCUCCCGAACGUAUUCUUUUUGUGGAUUCGGGUAGAGAUAGUGUCGUUUCUAUUAGAACUACUGACUCCACCAAUAGAAUGUCUCUCCUUAAACAAAUGUCUUACGAAUAUCUCAACAUGGAUAGUACAGUAUCCGAAACUGCCGGGAUAUCUCUCUCAGAACAGGUUGGCAGACUAUUUAGCGAUUUAGAGAAAUGCAAGCUGGUUAGUGAAGCGGAUGAAUUAGAUGAAUUUAGAAUCAUUAAAAUAUCCGACGAAAAGCUGAAUCAGCCGAUAGAAUUACCUCGUGCGACUUUCGAUUGGGAGAAAGAUACCUCGAAGUUACAGGCAUCCAUAGAUGAAAAUCUUUCCCAGUUUGAAGAAUCGUGCAAAAAGACACCCAAUGCUCCAGAAUGUGACCCUGAUAAAGCUGUCGGUAUAAAGAUGACUCACCAUAUAAAAGAUGCUCUAGUUAAGUACGGCAAUAACAAAUUCCCAAAGCACUUUCAUGAGGCCGGAUAUACGCCUAAAGGAAAUGAUAAUGGUGCACAUUUCGACUGGAGAUUUAUUGGAAGCAGGGCACUUUCGGAGUAUGAGUCGACCUCUGGCCUUCAUAAACUUAUGAGAUCCUGGUUGCGUAUGACAAGAAUUCUCGGAGUUGAUACAUGGAUUGCGCAUGGUUCUUUACUCGGCUUUUAUUUCAACGGUCUCAUUCUUAACUGGGAUUUUGACCACGAUGUUCAAGUGACAGAGGAAUCUUUGAUUCUCUUGGGUAGAGACUUUAAUCAGAGUCUUGUCGUUGACAUCAGCCCCGGUAGCUCUGAUCAGCCGCAACUUUCUGAUAUGGGUACUGGGGAGUUUUUCAUAGAUGUUGGUUCUAGUAUAUAUCACCGUGAAAAGGGUAAUGGUAACAAUGCCAUUGAUGCUAGGUUCAUAGAUAUUCAUACCGGUAUGUUCAUCGAUAUUACCGCUUUGGCAAUUACCAAGAGCAAACCUUCCUCAAAAAGUAUGGGCAAUAAUUUAAGCAAAGAGUACGCCAAGUUCCUAAUUCAGAACAAAUUGACGACCAACGAUUACGGUGAUUUUUUAUCAGAUAGAAACAAUCAUCACUAUUCGAUGAACGAAAUUUCACCUUUAAUUCCAACUCUCUUUGAGGGUGAACAAGUCUUCAUUCGUCAAGGAAUAAUGAAUAUACUUAGUAGAGAGUAUAUGAAUUACAAGAAAAAUACGGGCUUUCAGGGCCAUACUUGGAGAACACGUUAUAGAAGUUGGAUUUCUGAUGAAAUCUGCAACCAUCUCGAUCACGAAGGAAACAGUUGUAGCACUAACCCAGAAGUGCUGUUGGAUGACCGCUUUCAACGAAACUAUAUCAGUUUGCAUAUGAAGGAAAAACAAAUCCUUGAUCAAGCAGAUCAUGAGGAGAUUCGAAGAGAGCCGGCAACAAUAAAAGCAUAUCCAGAAGUUUUAAGACCUGAUGCCGUUCUCAUGAAGAUAGCUAAAGAAAGAUUGCACUGA